CCCCGUUUAAACCCCUAAGAGUAAUUGGCCCCCUCGGGAAACUUUCUCGGGCUUGGAGAAAGCGAACCCCACUUGCGCGCUUAAAAUGGCUAGCAAUAAAGGCGGGUCGCUCCAAGGCGGGCUGUGGGCACUCCUGCUCCUUGCUGCGCAGAUCCUCGGGCAGGAAGAGGCGCAAGGCGACGGCGACUCCUUCGGCGCGACCUGCUUGUCCCAUUUUACCACCGGCUUGCCCGAAUUCGUGCUGGACACGGACGCCUCGGUGCAGAACGGCGCCACUUUCCUGGGCUCUCCGCCGGCGGAAAGCGCGCGGGACUGCGUGAGGUCCUGUUGCAAGAAGCCGCCCUGCAACCUGGCCCUGGUGGAGCAGGUCCCCGGCGGCGACCCGGACUCCAUCCAGAGCUGCUUCCUCCUCGACUGCCUCUAUGACCAGAACUUCGUCUGCAAGUUCGCCCGGAAGGACGGCUUCCUCAACUAUGUGAAGCGGGAGGUGUACGACGCCUAUGUGGCCAUGCGGGAGCAAGGCAGCCCUGCAGAUGAUCGUCCCCCUGUAGCCCGGGCUUGGAUGGACAUGAAGGUGCAGCCUAAUGAGGCAGUCACAUUGAAGGGCACAGAAAGUUUUGAUGAUAACGGAAUUGUAAAUUAUGAGUGGACACUUCUUUCGGGUGAUACUUCAGUGGUCAUGGAGAAGGGGAAUGAUCAUGUGAUACUCACCAAUCUGCAAGAAGGAAUUUACACUUUUCAGCUGACCGUGACAGAUACUGCUGAACAGCAGGACUCAACUGACAUUACUGUCACUGUGCUUAAUUCUGAGCAGACUGUAGAACACUGCUUGGCCCCUUAUAAAGUAGGACGGUGUCGAGGUUCCUUCCCUCGUUGGUACUACAAUCCAGCAUCUCAGCAGUGUGAGACAUUCACUUUUGGGGGCUGCAAACCCAACAAGAACAAUUAUUUACGAAAAGAGGAGUGUCAGCUUGCAUGCAAGAAUGUCCAAGGUGCUGUGGAAAAACGGCAAGAACCAGUGUGCAAUGGAAACUGCCUUCCCUUCUACUUCAAGUGUGAUGAUGGCUGCUGUAUUGAUAGCUUUCUGGAAUGUGAUGAAACACAAGAUUGCUUAGAUGGGUCAGAUGAGAAACUAUGUGAUUCUUAUGCCCAAGAGUUCAAUAAAUUACGGACAAUCAACGUUACCUUCAGCCAGAGUUACUGUGUGGAUAUGCCAGAUACUGGGCCAUGUUAUGCCAGUUUCCCACGCUGGUAUUACAACCCAUUCACUGAGAAAUGUGACCGCUUCACCUACGGAGGUUGUGAAGGCAACAAGAAUAACUUUAAGGAAGAGGAAAUAUGUAUGAAAUCCUGUGCUGGUGUCACAAAAGCAGACCUGAUUGGGCAAAGAUGGAGAGGAUAUGAGUAUCAGAAAUCAGGUUUAAGCUCUUUUGAAGUCGCCAUUGCAGUCCUCCUUGGCGUGUGCAUCAUGGUAGUGUUGGCAAUCCUUAGCUACUUCUUCCUGAAGAAUAAAAAGGGUUACCGCCGGCGGCGCCAGCCAACUACUGCAGCCAACUCCACUCUCUCUUCUGUUCUCUCCACUACCGAGGACACUGAGCACCUGGUUUACAACAGCACCACAAAGCCCAUUUGAUCCUGAAGGAACCCUCUCCGUUUUGGGGACUGGGACAGUUCUGUUUGUCUUUGCUGAUGCUUAUGAAGUAAAGGCCUACAGCCGAAGGAUUUCUCCCUGCCCUCCACAUUCUGUACUCUUAGACAGGCAAUCCCUGGCCAUUGUACAAGCCUAGUAGUUGUCCCGAAUAUGUGACAGCUCUUGAGGAAGAGGAAUGACAAGAUGUUUAAUCCCUCUUUCUCCCAUGAUGGUCCUAUACGGAUGGCUGUCUCUUUUUUGAAGUUUCCUGUCAUUUGAAGGAAGGGGGAAUCAUUUUCAAUAUAAAGACAUUCUUACGUACUGAAGGAGGCAUGGUUUGCUUUGGUAUUGGUUUUAAUUGUCCUGCAAGCCCACUGAAACCUCAGUUUCUUUUUCUGUAUGAUUGCACAUUUUCCUGUUCCUUCCUCUAUCCUCCCCCCCCCCAAAUUAUGCCAGAAUUUAAAAGGGCUUUGCAAGGAUGCAAGUACUUCAAGCAAAUCAGCGCCUUUUGAGAUUUCCAUGGGUUUUUCAGGUGAAGAUAGGGUUGUAUAUGGCGGUCUUUCAAGUGUCCCUACUUGGAAUAGAGAUUUUACAGACCGCAGAUAUGGAAAUGGCUUCAUCUUCCUAAAUGGAUUGAAGCCCAUGCUGGGCGCAUGAGUGCCUCUUAAAUACAGCAGUGUAUUUUACAUACCCAGAAUGCCACAAUGGAAUAAUAAGUGAUAUACAGUGAUAAAUACAUUAUGGCCAUUAGCUUUAAAUUUUGUUUUAGCUUUUGAAGCAUUUCCCCAAAUAACAGAUAUCAGUUAUUUGGGGAAAUGCUGCAUUAAUACAUUAUGAUAAACCAUGCAUUUAAUCUGCAUUUUUAAAAACAACUUCCCUUCUGUUCCUACCUCUAAGGUUGUCAUUUCUGCUUUUAAUGGUAUAGUACUAGUUCAGUAGAUUGUAUGUUUUUACGUCUUAAACAUUUAUAUAUUUAUUUUUUUAGAACCAAAAUGUGACAAGAAGAAUGAUGUUCCUUAUAUUCUUUCUCUGAGUAAGCAAUUAGUCUGUGGGAAAGGCAUGUCCCCUUCCCCUCAACUGUGUGAAAUUACUGUUCCUUUACGAAGCUAGUGCCACUUAACUGAUUAUUGUCACAGCCAAUUUUCAAAUGAGCUUCACAGGGAGAAAGGAAAGAACCUGGAACGUGGAAAGCUGCACUUUUGGAGAGCAAUUGUCAGGUAGGAUUAUGUAAGGAAGUAGAAGCCUAAAAGGGACAGAUUUUAACUGGGAAAAGCAGAACACGUUCCGGUUUUUCAUCACCCUUGUUGGCAUAAAGAAUAUAUGAAGCCGUGCCUGUAAAUAAUUUGCCAUCUUGAUGACAAGUCAGGCCAUUGUCCUCUUGCUACUGUUUGUUAGUCAGUAUAUUAGAUUUUUACCUCUUCUCUUCUGUGUCCCUUCAUACAUACAUACACACUAUCCACACCCCAGUCUGAUGUAGCUUCAUAGUUUCUUGCAUCUGAUAACUUGUAUUAAUUUCCAGAGCUUGGUAGUGUUACUUCUGUGGAUCAUCAUUCCCAGAAGCCCCCAGCCAGUAGGGACGGUGGGCAUGCUGAGAGGAAGAUUUUGGAAAUAGUAAUUCCAAAAAGGAGCCUCGGCCAAGCUUUGUGAAUUCUAACCAUUCAUCUUUGUCACAGGUGUAAAUGCUUCAAACAACAUGUAGCUUUUUGUACAAGUGGCCUGCAUAUAAACUUCGGAUGGGGGGGUAGGGUGGAGCAAGUUUGUGCCUAUCCCAGUAUGUCACACAAUGUGCCAUUUGAUAAAGAUUAUUGGGUGAAAGAAGCCUCCCCUUGAACAGUGCCUCAAAUUUUAGUACUCCAGAUGAUCAAAACCCCUGCCCUGAUUCUCUCCAUGUUUGCCUAGAUGUGGGAGAGAAGGGCUUGUGUGGUAGCUGCUCCAAAUCCACUAUGACAAUUACAGUACCCAGCGACAAGAAAUUGUUUCUGUGGGCCUCCAUCUGAGUCGACAGCUCCUUAGAUUUCUUGGUAUUUUAGCCAGAGAUAGACAGACUUUUUCCCCCCAGAAAAAGUAAUUUUGCCCAUCUCUGAUUUCACAUUCUCAUUUUCACUCUCUGGACAGUCCAGUAGCAUAGCCCAUUGUUGCUUUUGGAACUGGACCAGAUUUUGCCCGACUUGUUAGGCAACAUGACUGUGGUCUGUUUCUCAGCUGGCCCUUCAAAAAAGGCAAAGAAAAUAUUUUUAAAAAUGUUUUUAUAAGUGACACAGCACAUCAGCAAUGGUAUACCAGAGUCUGGGGGAAAAAAACAGCCUUUCUGUCAAGGAGCAGAGGAAGUACUCAGUUUUCAGAUACCCUGAAGUGCCUUGAUUACUAAGCUAUUUCACAAUACUGGAAAUUCGAAAUGGAAGGAGCUCUGACAGCUGGAAGGCUCACUUUUGAUCUGUUUGGUUUGCUCCAAUGAUUGCCAUGUCACUAGAAAAAAGCAAACCAACCCAUCCCUGCAGGGGACCAAACAGCAGGACAAAUGACGGCCCUCUCGGUCUGCUUCUUUGGAAAUUCCCUCGAUAUGAAGUUAUGGGAAAGAGCAGAAAACACUUGGUUUCUCUCCUCCUCUUUUAAAGGCUGGUUAAGAAAUAUUGUUUUAAAUAUGUACAUGUAUAUAUAAUGACUUUCUACUUGGAUAUAAAAUGCUGCUAACUGAGGUAAACUGAUAAAUCUAACGUGGGGAGUGUGGGGGUUGAGAAAUAGUUCAUUUCAGAGAAUAAAGGCAAGAUUUCUUUAGUGUGGAACUGCCUAAUCAUGCUUUGAGAAAUGGCAGAAUAGGCUGGGGAAGAUAACAAUAAGGCCUGCAACUGGAUCUUUGAGGGAAAGGAUAGAAGAGAAGGUGUCUCGCUAUCCCCUAUGGUCGGCAAAUUAUGUGACAUCAUUGUACGUGCAAAUUCCACCAUCUUUCCUCCUGUUUCCCCUUCACAAAACACUUGCUUUUGAAUCCUUUGUUCUGAAUUUCUCAGCCUCAA